AUGAGUCACAGAUCUUCAGACUCCGGUCGCAAGUCAUCAAGGAAGACCACGACGGUCUCGGCUCCAUCUCCGUAUGGUCCAGGCCAACCCUACGUUACCACUCAGUACAACGGUUGGCCGGCGACCGCGCCGGUGUCUAGACAAGCGGGCAGCGGGCAACAAUACGCUCAUCAGCCCUCAUCCUCGACCUCAGCGCCGUACCCCGUCUACACCGAUAGCUUGAGUCAGCCUUCGUGGAAUAGCUCAACAGGGAGCCAAGGUGGAAUGCAGUACGGCGAUCCCGUCAGGGACGCAGACGUGGCUUAUAGCCGUCAACAACGUGCUGAAUACGCUCGAACUCUCCCGGCCACCACGCAACCCCCUUCCGGUUAUCGUAUCAACCACCAAGAGCAGAUCGCCAACUUCGACCACAGAUUUCAGGGUCAACCAUCGACAGCGACCCAGCCGUAUCAACCUACAUCCACAUACGCCCUCACCCUUGAUAUCGACUUCACUCCAAGCCAAAGCCAGAGCCAGAGCCAAAGCCAAAGCCAAAGUAGAAGGGAUGACAGACGCGGGGGUUCAUCGGCCUCCGGAAGCAGGCAUCAUUCCUCUUCGUCUCGUCGUCAUAAGUAG